AUUGUCAUGUGCAUUGAUCUUCACUCUGAUGAGAGCUCAGACGUGAUAACACUCCCGGUUCCCUGUCCCUGUAGGAGCUGGCGUGAGCGCUGCUCGCUACCUUCCCUCCAUUCACUACAGCUAUUGGAUUUCCCACCCAGAAUCUUUAGGUAAAUGAGAUCAUGAUUCUGGAAGGAAGUGGUGUAAUGAAUCUCAAUCCCAGCAACAAUCUCCUCCACCAGCAGCCGGCCUGGACAGACAGCUACCCCACGUGCAAUGUUUCCAGUGGGUUUUUUGGAGGCCAGUGGCAUGAAAUCCAUCCUCAGUACUGGACCAAGUACCAGGUGUGGGAGUGGCUCCAGCACCUCCUGGACACCAACCAGCUGGACGCCAGCUGCAUCCCUUUCCAGGAGUUUGACAUCAACGGCGAGCACCUCUGCAGCAUGAGUCUGCAGGAGUUCACCCGGGCGGCGGGGACAGCGGGACAGCUCCUCUACAGCAACUUGCAGCAUCUCAAGUGGAAUGGCCAGUGCAGCAGUGACCUAUUCCAGUCCACACACAAUGUCAUUGUCAAGACCGAACAAACCGACCCUUCCAUCAUGAACACCUGGAAAGAAGAGAACUAUUUAUAUGACACCAACUAUGGUAGCACAGUAGAGCUGUUGGACAGCAAAACUUUCUGCCGGGCCCAGAUCUCCAUGACAACCAGCGGUCACCUUCCCAUUGCAGAGUCGCCUGAUAUGAAAAAGCAGCAAGACCAACCAACAAAGUCCCACACCAAAAAGCACAAUCCGCGAGGGACUCACUUAUGGGAAUUCAUCCGCGACAUCCUCCUGAACCCAGACAAGAAUCCAGGGUUAAUCAAGUGGGAAGACCGGUCUGAGGGCAUCUUCAGGUUCUUGAAAUCAGAGGCUGUGGCCCAGCUAUGGGGGAAAAAGAAAAACAACAGCAGCAUGACCUACGAAAAACUCAGCCGAGCCAUGAGAUAUUACUACAAAAGAGAAAUUCUGGAACGUGUGGAUGGACGAAGACUGGUAUAUAAAUUUGGGAAGAAUGCACGUGGAUGGAGGGAAAAUGAAAACUGAAGCUGCUGACACAUUGAACACAAACCUAAACACAUCCCAAAUGAUAAGCAACCAAGAAGUCCCUGGACGUAAAUAUUUCAAAGACUACUUUUCUCUGAUAUUUAUGUACCAUGACGGGGAAAAAAAUACAUCUACUUCUAACAGGAAGAAGGAACAUGACAGUUGAUAGAAUUAUUUUGUUACUUUGAAGUAUGUCCUAUAUGGGGAACAAACGUACACAGUUUUCUGUGAAAUAUGACACUGUAUGUGGUUGUGAUUUGUUUUUGCCUCUGUUGUGAAGUUCUUUUCCACUGCAAGAACAGAGUCUGUAGCCAUGUGCUUCUUGCUAAGGAGAAAGGAAAAAAAAAAAAAAUCAGACGGCAUUAAAAGUUUUUAUAUGCAAAAUGAUUUAGGAAAAGGUGACGUGUCCUCCGCACAUAGCAUCCUCGUGGCCUCGUCAAGAGAGGUGGGCGUGGUCGCUAGGAUGAACUCCAGGGUCUCCGAUUGGUGGGAUGAACCAGAAGGAUGCUGAGAAGUCUACCCUGACCUUCAGGAGUCAGUGAGUGGAGAAUGAGGACUUCCACAAUCCACAAUGGACUGAAAUCACUGCAUAAUCACAUGACUUUUAUGCUUAAAUCAGAGAAGAAUAAUGGUGGAGGGGGCUUUAUACUCAUUCAGGAAUGAUUUACCUGGUGCCAAGUCUAUCUUCCCUCCUCCCCCUUGGAUGAUUGGUGAAAAACUUCAAUUGCCACCUCUGCUCACUUUUAGUUACUUAAGAGAAGGUCCGGCUUUGGUUAUUUUUAUCCCAGUUGCUUAAAAAUAAGUGGGAAAAGGGAGGUAGUUACGAGUUUGCUCUUGUACUCCCAUUGUCCUGUGGUUUCCCAAUUGGCACAAUUGAUAUUUUUGGCCGAAUUAUUCUUUGUUGUGUAUUAUUUGGCUGUCCUGUGUGUUUUGGGAUGUUUAGCAGUAUCUAUGAUCUCUACCCACUAGGUGCCAAUAGCACUCUGGUCCUCGCAGUUAGGACAACCAAAAAUGUCUCUAGACAUUACCAAAUGUCCCCGGGGCCCGGGGUGGGGGGGUGGGGAGGGAGAACCACUGAUUUAGCUAGUCAAGAUGAAGAUGGUGAUUUGUUCUCAGAACAACAACAACAAAAAAUCCCUAGAGUGAAGCAAAAGCAAGACUUUAAAGUCAACCUAUUUUUCAUUUUUAAAAUGUUUGGACAAUGGGUUGAAAUAGCUAGAGGAUUUCUUUUCAGAACCUGAGAUGAGAGCUAGACUCAGAUAAAUUAAACAAGGGCUAACAAUAGAACACACUUGCACUAGAAUUACAAAACAGAGUAAAAAUUAUAUUGCAGAAGGAAACACUGAGAGGAGAGAAAAAGAGUGUGUGUGUGAGAGAGAGGAGGUUAGUUCCAGGGGAAAAUCUUUGCAGAUGUUAGUUCUUAUAAUCUUUCCUCUUUUGGAUAAUCUCUUUCCUGUCUCAUCUUAACUCAUUCCAAAGUGAAUGAUGUCUUGCCUAGAUUUGCAUCCAGAAGAAUGUUAAAAAAAAAAAAAAAAAAGGACAAAGAAAAGAAAGGAAGGAUGGAAGAGAAAAACAGAAAACUCAGUUCAGGAUCUAUGGUCAGGAAGGAUUUGGAGACUUCUCCAAUGAUGGCGUUGUUCUGGGUCCCUGGAGACUUAUCGCCAGACCCUGAAAUCUGGGAGGAAUGUGAGCCUGUAGACACUUUGAAAAUGAGUUUGAACAUCCAGAUCCCUUUUGCAGCCUUUCUUUUUGGCUCCCCAUGUCCUUGGCUUUCUCCUCCCUCCUGCCUCUCUAUCUUGAGCAUAAUAUGGGAAUGAAGACAUGUACCAAUAAGAGGGGGCUCAUCUCAUCCACUGAUGGAACACCUCCUGCAGUGCCUUCCUCAACUCAGGCAAGCGAGUCAUAGUCAAAGGUUGCAGAGUGUCUGUAAUAGAUUCAGAAGGUUGGAAGUAUGAAGAAUUAAGAAUUUGUCCUAAUUAUAACGAGAGCCAUUAUGGCCAGUGACCUUGGAGCACAGCUUAGUGAGAUGAAUGACCUUCUGAAGGGACAACUGAGUUGUUUUUCUCUCUGCCUGACUUGGGUGCUACUCAGUGUUGUCAAGUCACAGUUACUGAGGGAACUGAGAGAAAUGAAGAUGAGCAGCACAGAUCUAAGACAUUCCUGCAUGAAAGACACACCUUGCUCUCCAAGAAAGGCUAAAGAACUAUGAGGCUUUCCCAGCAGUUGACUAUACUUCCCACAGAAUGAAUUAAACCUCCAGAUAUUUGAAUUAGUGUAAACACAUGAAUGUUUGUGUGACUGUGUGUGUCUGAAUUGUGUGAAGUUAUUAGGGGUGUCCGCUAAUUCACUCUCUGCUGUUUCUUCUCUGGCUUGGCCUGUUCAUCAUCUAGGCAGCCUGGAUCCUUCUCCGACCUUGCUCUUCCGCAAACCUGUAAGUUUCUCACAUUCCUCCAAAUUGGUCUUGGCUCUUUCCUCACCCUCUCCAUUGAAGAGCAGUCCCUGCUAGGUAGUGAGUCUGGGGCGUACUGACUGGAACGCUCUGCAGAUAAUUAGCAGACUGUGUUAUUUGUUGAAAGUGAUGGUUUCUUGGCACCCGGUUCCUGCAUAAAUAGGUGGGCGUAUUAAGUUCUCAGCAUAUCUCUCUAUUGUCUUGGCUUGAGUUUGAUGCAUUUUCUGUGUGCUGUUCAUGACUUGGAGAACUCAAGGUAAUCGAGCCAUACCAAUUUGGGGUGUGAACAGAAUCCUUCCCCCCGGUGUUGCAAGGGAAAGCAAAAUCCCAGAGACAAGCCAGCACCAGGUGAAGCCCCCUUCUUUUGGCAACUCACAGCUUCUCACUUGAGAAGCUCAUCUGAGCCAUUGCUCCUAUGGUCACUACGCACGGUCUCCUUAAACUCUCCUUAAACUAAAGGCUUGGGCUUUUAUUUGUUUUUUUCCUGAGAACCUGAGGCAGGAAAGGUAUUGCUAAGACUUUACCAGACUCAGAUCAUCUGAGGCUUCUAGAUAUUUGACUUGAUGAAACGAGCAAAGUCCUGACUCCCAGAGACACAUUUACAGCUUCUUGAACUUGCUUUCUGAGCAGGGCAGACCCGGGCAAUGAGUUUUCCUUUGAAUGUGCUUGUCCUUCUUCAAACUCUUACCUUACUAGACUGUAAGCUCUUUGAGGGUAGGGAUGAUAUCUUAGCAAUAUUGUUUUCCCAGUAUCUAACAUGAGACAGGUCCUCAAUAACAAUAUGUUGAGUUAAUGAAUGACUGUCUUCUGGAAGACUCCUCGGAUUGGGAAGCCAUAUCCAUAAUCGUGAUGUAAAUUGUUUUCUUCACUGGACGAAGAGCACAACAGCCAAAACUUCAAGGACAUAUUAUCUAUCAGGUGAACAUGUUACUGUGAGACUCUUUACUUUGCCUUCCUACCUGCGCUGAAAUAAAAUCAAAACAGGUUAUUUGGUUCUGCAAGUCAACAUAUGUUGUGUGAGAAUUCUGUCACCUUAUUAGGAACUGUGAGACUUAUCUGGUAUAAGAAGCCAGUCAUGAACCUUGAACCUGUUUAAACCAAUGAAGAUUAUGAAUGUGUUUAUAUGAUGUAAAUUGCUAUUUAAGUGUAAAGCAGUUCUAAGUUUUAGUAUUUUGGGGUUGGUUUGUAUUUUUUUUGUUGUUUUGAAAAAUAUUGAGGGAUCUUUUGAUAAGGUUAGUCAUGCACGUUAGAUUUUAGUUUUGCAAAUGUGUUGUUUUUCAAAUGUAUAAAGUGUAGGAAAAGUUAAAAUAGUAAGAGGGAAAGGCAAUUAUAUUAUUCUUCUAUAGUUAAAAAAAGUUUAUCGAGUGCCUACUGUGUGCACAGCAUGGAACCAUAUUUGUGAGGAGCUUAUCUAACUAUGUGGGGUGUAAUAGGUACUCCAUAGGAGCCCAUUGGAUGGAUACUUCCUGUGUGAAAGAAAGAACACAGCAAUCACAAUUAUCAGAGCUGAAUUAACCUCAGCAUUGCUUCUCAGUAUUCCAUUUCUGGAAUAAGAGAUAGAGAGAACAUUUAAUAAAAACGUGUUGAGACUGGGCCUCACGAACCCCUGAAAUGUAUAAGCCUUCACAAGUUUAGCUUAAUUGGGAUUAAUCUUUCUGUAACUAUAUGCCUAAUUCUUGCUUUUCUUCCCAUCUGGCUUCUGGGUUGACAAUUUGUGGGAAGCAACCCUACUGCUGCUAUUUUUUAAAAAAUCAGAAAUCUUGCCCUUGAAACUAUGUUAAAUUCAAACUGAGUAUUUCUGUUUUAUGAAAGAAUUAUAUUUUUCAAAAUACGGUUUUUUGGUUUGAUGGGUCCCAGAAAACACUAAU